AUGGCUCGACGACAUUUCUCUUUUGCAAUUCUUCUCAUAGGUCUUGCUCUAGCCGGUGGAGCUCAUGCUGCCGGUUCAUCUUCACCUUCUCCACCGGCGACAUCGUCAAAUACCACAGAAAAAUCUCCUGCCACGACUCUCGACGGGUUUAACUCAACGACGAGCGGUCAAGAUUACUCGGACUACGAAGUCCCGAUGGAUCUAGCGCCGGAUGGAGUUGAAGUCGUGGAAGAUUACGUGCCAAUUACCGUAAACGAAAGUAACGAUGAAGACGCUUUAGCUCAACCUGAAGGUGACUCAGAUAAGAACACAAAUCAGCCUAAGGACUCAGAUUCUUCUUCUUCUUCUUCUUCUUCUUCUUCUUAUUCUUCCUCCUUCGCCGUCUUUAUUGUUGCUGCGGCUGGAUUGUUUUUGUUUUGA